GUGGGCUCGACCGCGACAGCGCUCCACCUCGCAUCUCAUUCAGAUGUCUGCGGAGCUUAAGUUUCAGGCAUUAAGGGUAAGAUGGAUGCAGCUGAGGUUCAGUUCACCCCACUGUCUGAAUUAACAGCUUCAAAGCAGAGGUACAUAGUCCGGGUCCGGGUGCGUAUGCCACUGAUGUGGGGAGCCUUCGGUCCAAAUCAUGGCCACACGUUGUUCAGCCUCGAGAUUUUUCGAUCGACGAUAAGGGAAAAACCAUCCAAGCCAAUAUACAUCACAAUUCACAAACACAGAUAAAAAUGUGUUUCAAAGAGCGGCUAGUUGAAGGCCAAGUUUGUGCAUUUCCAGAUUCUGAAGUGUUUGAAGUAAAGCACUGUAAUUUCAUCACCUGUCGUAAUGGCUUGAUGAUGUACGUUGGUGGUCGAGAUAGACGGAGAUGCGGUCCAGCCAUUGACCACUGAGGUCUGAAAGAUACCCCUUGGAUCUCACAUUUAAUUAGUUUUAAAUUUACAUAGUCUCCUGGUGUUUGUUAGGAAGCAUCUCCGCUAGUCCUUGAGCUACUCCCAUCCAAGGCAUGGUGGCACAAAACAAUUUCCUUAUCCUGGCAGUGGCAGUAGCUCUCUAUUCUAUUAAUUGGUUGAUUGGUCACAUAUUGCUCCACUUGCUACAUAGCAUAAACAAACCCUAUGCUUUCGUGGAACUAUAACUUUCCGGUGGACACUACAUCUUUAAGUUGAGAGAUUUAUGAUUGCUUUGAACCAGCGACCAUUCAACUUUCAUUCUUUGACCAUCCUUUGCCCCGAGUUGCUUCGUGUGCUGCUUAUUUUGCGAUUAAUAUUACUCCCGGGGGUGGCAUGUCACAUAUUUUAGUCCACUAAAGCACUCGGCGAGUGCAUGCUCAAUCUCAUCACUUGUGCCCACCAAAAGCGCCGUAACUGCUGCUGCUCGGGCCUUCAUCUCGCCCAUGGCUUUGAUUUCUCUUCCCACAUCAGCUCGGCCUUCCUAUUGAGGUAACCAUGCAUCCUCCUCCUCUUCUUUUCGAGCUCCUUUAUCUAGUUGAUUCGGUUGGAUAUGCUCUGUGUGUCCAUUCUUGGGCUUGAAUCUUUUAAGGCUUAGCUUCUGCCCCAAAUUUUGCCAAGGGAUUCCCCUGAAGUCAGUUUUUUCAUCCACAAUCACCAUACUGUGUGUUUUCGAGUGACAGCAAUUGAGGUUUUCCUGCUUGGAUUGUUUUGUUUUUAGACUUUUAAAAAGUAUGAUUUCGAAUCUAGUAAGAAGAGUAGACCUCUUUUAGGGGAAACAUCAAAAUAAAAGGCAAGUUGUCCACCAAUGUCUUUUGUAGAUGUGGAAUCAUCAUUCAGGACUGUUGCUCCACAGGUCAAAAAAAGGACUGUUGCUCCAUGUGUUUCCUCUUGGUGUGAAUUUUUCAAGCACAAACGUAUACUAAUGUUUACUUGAUUUCUUUCCUAAACGUUCUGUUUGUACAUUCUGGAUCUUCCCUUGUGAGAUAUAUAUUGGCUACUUCUAUGUUGAGCUAAAUUCUCGCACUCUUUUUUUUUCUUCUUCUUAUUUGCACUACUAUUGGAAAGAAAUUAUUGAGCAGGCUUUGUCUAUGUCUGUCUUCUGGUACUGUUCUCAACUUUCGGUGAUGCCAGGAACUUCACUUUACUAAAGUUCUUGCAAUUAUUAGUUGUGUUCUCUUACUCAGACACGUGGAUGUUCUGCCUUGCAUCAAUGAGCUUUUGUUCAAAUUGCAUGAUUCAGUUUACUGAAUUAUCAACUUCUUUUUUGCUGCGAUUGCAGGUUUUGUGGCUCUCUAGGUGCGCCAACUUCACUAAACAAUAGCACGAUCCUAAGAUCCUCAAUUUUCCCGACAUUUCCUUACCCCAAAGUCCAAGAAAAUAACAAUGUUCUUGCUCUAUACAACUGCCCCCCUGUAGCACGUUGAUGUAAGGGAGUCCCCAAUUAUUUUAUCCUGGUACACCAACCACCGCAAUGGUGCUCCCAACCUUACCGGUUACCCUCACAUUCCUCACACUGUUAGCUCUCUUGUCGAUUGCCAAGGCGGCUGAUAACAACUCCACAACCUCUGGCCUUAUCCUCCUAAAUUGCGGAUCAUCAACCCAAAACGAUGAUGAUAGUGGUCGUACUUGGGAUGGGGACACCGGCUCCAAAUUCGCGCCAUCAAUGAAAGGAGUUGCAGCCAUUGCUUUAGGCCAAACCCCUUCACUCACCCCCAGGGUUCCUUAUACAACUGCACGCAUCUUUACUUCAAAUUACACCUAUUCCUUCCCUGUCAGUCCAGGCCGAAUGUUCUUACGCCUAUACUUCUUUUCAACUGCUUACGAAUACUAUGCUGUCUCAGAUGCCGUCUUCGUAGUCACGUCACGGAAUCUUGUCCUCUUAAAUGACUUCAAUGCUUUGCAAACAGCUCAGGCGAUCACUUCUGCCUACCUUGUGCGUGAAUUCUCGGUGAAUGUUUCUUCAGGCAGCUUGGACCUCACCUUUGCACCAUCAGCACAACAGUAUGGGUCUUAUGCAUUUGUGAACGGCAUUGAGAUUGUGCCCACGCCUGACAUCUUCGCAACACCUGACAUAAGAUUAGUCAGCGGUGAUAACACAUCUCCAUUCACAUUCGACGCUGACAUGAGCCUCCAGACUAUGUACCGGCUCAAUGUCGGGGGCCCAGCCAUUUCCACGGAAGGUGACUCGGGCUUUUACCGCUCAUGGGCCAAUGAUGCCCAAUACAUACUUGGUGGCUCUGGGUUGACCUUUUGGAAAAAUGAUAAUUUGACUAUCAGUUAUACAUCUAGAGUGCCGAAUUACACCGCCCCAGUUGAUGUCUAUGGUACAGCUCGGUCGAUGGGGCCAACUGCACAGAUCAACCUGAACUACAACCUUACAUGGAUUUUUCCAGUUGAUGCAGGUUUCUUUUACCUCCUAAGGUUCCAUUUCUGUGAGAUUAAGUAUCCUAUUACCAAGGUGAAUCAGAGGUCAUUCUUCAUCUACAUCAACAACCAGACAACGCAGAAGCAAAUGGAUGUCAUCGUCCGGAGCGGAGGAAUCGGUAGACCAACGUACACUGAAUAUGUUAUCAUGGCUAUUGGUUCUCGUCAGGUGGACAUGUGGAUUGCACUUCACCCUGAUCUUUCAAGUAAACCACAGUAUUCGGAUGCAAUUCUGAAUGGUCUCGAGGUCUUCAAGCUACAGAAUUACGGACCGAGCAAUCUUGCUGGGCUCAGUCCUCCACUUCCGCAAAAGCCUGAUGUGAAUCCUAAUAGGCUAUCUAAUGGUGAAAGAAAAUCCAAAGGUGGCAUACAAGCAAUCAUCGGUGGUACUACUGGUGGUUUUGCUUUAUUGUUGAUUGCCCUUUUCAGCAUGUGUGUUAUAUACAGACGGAAGAAGGUAGCGAAGAGUCCCGGCAAGACCGACUAUGGACAUGUGAAGCAUCCAACUAAAUGCAUAAAGUCUACAUGUGAUCUUGUACGUCAUUUCUCAUUUGCUAAAAUUCAAGUUGCCACCAAAGACUUUGAUGAAGCACUUAUUAUCGGCAGAGGGGGUUUCGGGAAUGUCUACAUCGGCGAUAUAGAUGGAGGGACAAAGGUGGCAAUCAAGCGAUGUGACCAGAAAUCCCAACAAGGCUUUCAUGAGUUCCAGACUGAAAUCGAGAUGCUGUGCAAUUUCCGCCAUCGCCACCUUGUGUCUCUGAUUGGCUAUUGUGAGGAGAAGAAUGAGAUGAUUCUGGUGUAUGACUACAUGGCUCAUGGAACACUGCGUGAGCAUCUGUACAACACCAGGAACCCACCACUACCGUGGCAGCAGCGCCUUGAGAUUUGCAUCGGUGCAGCCCAAGGACUGCAUUACCUCCACACCGGCGUAGAGCAAGGAAUCAUCCACCGUGACGUCAAGACCACCAACAUCCUACUGGAUGAUAGGUUAAUGGCAAAGGUUUCCGACUUCGGUCUGUCUAAGGCUAGUCCAGACAUUGGAAACACCCACAUGAGCACUGCUGUGAAGGGCACCUUUGGAUAUCUUGAUCCGGAGUACUUCCGGCUGCAGCGUCUCACCAAAAAAUCAGAUGUGUACUCUUUCGGGGUCGUGUUGUUUGAGACCCUGUGUGCGCGCCCUGUGAUAAACACUGAGCUCCCUUAUGAGCAAGUGAGCUUGCGUGACUGGGCGCUAUCUUGCUGGAAGAACGGUGUACUUGAGGAGAUUGUUGACCCCCGUGUUAAGGAGGAAAUCACCCCUGAGUGCUUCAGGGUUUUUGCAGAGAUAGCAGAGAAAUGUGUAGCUGAUCGUAGCAUAGAGAGGCCAUCAAUGGGUGAUGUACUUUGGAACCUUGAGGUCGCACUCCAGCUGCAGCAGGCUAGUGCAAGCUACAACAGCAACCGUGCAGAGGGUGCUUCAUCUCUUCAGAUCAGCGCGGUGCAUUCAGACAAACCAUCCACCAACUCAACAAUUAGCAUCGCAGCACAGGAAGCCAUAUUUUCAGAUAUUGCGCAUGCAGAAGGCCGAUAAAAACAAACUGCAGGUUGCUAUUUUGUUAUUUUGCUACAAGGUUGUUCAUUGCCUCGGUUAUCUUGAUGUAGUAGUAUUAACUACAGCCAUAUCUGACUGAGCUAUCAAGGGUAAAGGAGGGAUCUACAAAGGACAUAUUACCCAAAUUUUAAGCACUCUCCCUUCUCCGAGUCAAUGAAGAACUCAUCAACAGUGUAAUCAAUCUAAUUGGGAUUACGAAGGUGCCCAGCGGAUAUCCAAUGUCACCCCUUCUGAUUCUCAGCGUCUUAUCCAGCUUGUUGAGAGGCCGCGUUUGCGAUGGCAUGGCCAAGAAGCCGGCGACGCCACUGAGGCACCUGUAGCCUCAUCAUUGCUAUGCGUCGCCAGAUAUAUGGAGCUAGUGGAGCCAUAAUUACAGAGUGAAAGGUAGACAUACAUUUUUUUAGAUAGUGUGCUUAUUCCACAAAAUUCCUAAGAAUUGUUUAAUUCAAUGCCCACCUACACUCGAACUUUUUACAUUCAGUCAAACAUUUUGUUCGCCCAUUCAUUUUACAUAAUCUUUCAACUUUCACA